AUGUACCCCCCUGUCCGCCUUACUUUGUUAAAUCUGGCUCUAAGUGUUGACAAAUAUGAAUUUGUUGUAGAUUUUUAUGCCUGGUCCCAGAAAUCUUGGAUUGAAGGAAUCUUCUACAAGCGAGAAUGUUCAAAGAUCAUACCAACAUCGAGAGAUCAUCACAGAUGUCAUGGUGGGUGCCAGAUAUGCCAGAACCUCAUCAGGUGUGGUUGUGGAAGAUUGAUUGGAGACCAUCCAGGUCUAGAUUAUGGCUGGCCAAUUUACACUUCUCCAGAAGAGACAGAUGAAGAAGAAUGGUCUGUUCACAAACAUACAAAGACAAGUCCCACAGAUGCUUUUGGUACAAUAAAUUUUCAAGAUGGAGAUCAUACGUACCAUGCAAAGUAUAUUAGAAUAUCGUAUGAUACAAUGUUGGACCAGUUAAUGCAUCUAAUGAUAAAGGAAUGGCAAAUGGAGUUGCCCAAACUUGUGAUCUCAGUGCACGGUGGCAUUCAGAACUUUAAGCUUCCUUCCAAGGUCAAACAAGUUUUUAGCAAAGGCUUAGUGAAAGCUGCAGAAACAACGGGGGCAUGGAUCCUAACGGCAGGCAUCAACACAGGAGUGUCCAAGCAUGUGGGUGAUGCCUUGAAAGGUCAUGCAUCCCAGCACUUAAGGAAAAUAUGUGCAAUCGGAAUCCCACCUUGGGGUGUUAUUGAAAACCAAAGGGAUCUCGUUGGAAAAGAUGUUGUGUGUCUGUACCAAACACUAGGCAACCCACUCAGUAAACUAACAAGUCUGAACAGCAUGCACUCUCAUUUUAUUAUGGUGGACGAUGGCACUGUUGGAAAGUAUGGUAAUGAAAUGAAACUUAGGAGGAAUCUGGAAGAAUACAUAUCGCUCCAGAAAAUACACACCAGAAUGGGGCAAGGAGUACCAGUAGUUGGGCUGAUUGUUGAAGGUGGUCCCAAUGUGAUCUUGAUGGUAUGGGAGUAUGUUAGGAGCACUCCGCCUGUUCCAGUUGUGGUAUGUGAAGGAACCGGAAGAGCUGCUGAUAUCCUGGCAUUUACCCACAAGCGCACAGCAGAUAAAGGGGAGAUUCCACCACAAUUGAAGGAGGAAAUCUUACAAAUGAUCCAGAAAACAUUUAACCUUGGCUACAGACAAGCUAAUCACAUCUUCUGUAUUCUGAUGGAAUGUAUGGAGCGGCGGGAAUCUAUUACCAUAUUUGAUGCAGACUCUGAAGAACAACACGAUAUUGAUUUAGCAAUCUUGACAGCUCUUCUGAAAGGAACUAACAUGUCUGUAUCAGACCAGCUGAGUUUGGCACUAACCUGGAAUAGAGUGGACAUUGCUAAAAAACACAUUCUUGUUUAUGGACAACAUUGGAAGGUUGGCUCUUUGGAGCAAGCAAUGCAAGAUGCAUUAGUUAUGGACCGUGUGGACUUUGUCAAGUUGUUAAUUGAAUACGGUGUAAAUAUGCACAGGUUUUUGACUAUUAGUAGAUUGGAAGAACUUUACAAUACGAAACAAGGACCUACUAAUCCACUGUUGCAUCACCUGGUUCGAGAUGUAAAACAGAGCAACAUUUCCCCUGAUUACAAAAUGUCCCUCAUUGAUGUAGGCCUUGCAAUUGAAUGCUUGAUUGGUGGAGCUUAUCGGAGCAGUUACACAAGGAAAAGUUUCAGAGUCCUAUACAACAGCCUUUACAGGAAAGAAAAGAGAGUCGCCCAUACCUUGUCUAACAGCCUGGCACACAAUUUGUCUCAUCUUUCCAUAAACCAGAACAGCCAGAUGAACAGCAAACUUCCUUCACCUGAAAAUACUUUGCAUUCUCAGUUCAUCCGAACAGCCCAGCCAUACCCCAAACGCAAGGAAAAGACCACCUGCCCACAUAAAUUCAAGAAGAAAGUGAAAGAGGAAUUGCCCCCAAAUGAGGAAAAUGAGCCGGUUGGUUUUGUUUAUCCUUACAACGAUCUUUUGGUUUGGGCCGUGUUAAUGAAACGACAGAAGAUGGCCUUGUUUUUCUGGCAUCAUGGGGAAGAGGCUAUGGUGAAAGCAGUGAUUGCCUGUAAAGUAUACCGAGCAAUGGGACAUGAAGCCAAGCAGAGUAACAUGGUGGAUGACACAUCCGAAGAGCUAAAGAAGUAUUCCAAAGAAUUUGGUCAGCUUGCUCUGGACCUACUUGAAAAUGCCUUCAAGCUAAAUGAACAAAUGGCUAUGAAACUUUUAACAUAUCAGCUAAAGAACUGGAGCAAUUCAACAUGUCUAAAAUUAGCUGUGUCAUCAGCACUCCGACCUUUUGUCUCCCAUACUUGUACCCAGAUGUUGCUUACAGAUAUGUGGAUGGGGCGUCUAAAGAUGCGCAAGAACUCCUGGCUUAAGGUUAUCUUGGGAAUACUUCUGCCUCCUUUUAUAUUGAUGUUGGAGUUUAAGAGCAAAGCUGAAAUGUCGCAUGUACCCCAAUCCCAGGACUUUCACCAGUUUACCCGUUUGUAUGUUGACGCACCUCCAUCAAAUGCCAGAGAAGAGGUAACUCAGGGUUAUGAUUUAGAAAAGGGCUCAAAGAAAGUGAGUGAAGAUCAAGACUCCAACACAAACAAUGGCCUUGGAAACCUUUCUGUGACUACAAAAGUCUGUGAAUUCUACAGCGCCCCUAUCGUAAAGUUCUGGUUCCACACGAUGGCAUACUUGGUGUUCCUUAUGCUGUUCACAUACACUGUAUUAGUUAGAAUGGAACCAAAGCCAAGUGUCCAGGAGUGGCUGGUUAUUAUUUACAUUUUUACAACGGCAUUUGAGAAAGUUAGAGAGGUAUUCAUGUCAGAGCCGGGCAAGUUCAGUCAAAAAGUGAAGGUGUGGAUUAACGAAUACUGGAAUCUGACAGACUCCAUAGCUAUCAUCUUGUUUGCAAUUGGUUUUGGCCUGCGUUGGGCUGACCCACCUCUCCAAACAGCAGGGCGGCUAAUCUAUUGUCUGGAUAUCAUUUUUUGGUAUAUAAGGCUUCUGGAUUUUUUUGCAGUAAAUCAGCAAGCUGGGCCCUACAUUACCAUGAUCGGAAAGAUGACUUCAAACAUGUUUGGCAUAGUCAUUAUAAUGGCUAUAGUUUUGCUAUCAUUUGGAGUGGCAAGGAAAGCUAUUCUCUCUCCUAAUGAAUCCCCUUCUUGGACUCUUGCCCGCGAUAUCGUAUUUCAACCAUAUUGGAUGAUGUUUGGUGAAGUUUAUGCUUCGGAAAUCGAUGCUUGUGAAAAAGAUCCAGAAUGUCCCCCUGGUGCAUUCAUCACACCAUUCCUUCAAGCUGUCUACCUUUUCAUUCAAUACAUCAUUAUGGUCAAUCUGCUGAUUGCCUUUUUUAACAAUGUAUAUAUGGCAAUGAAAAAUAUCUCACACAAGCUUUGGAAAUAUAACCGAUACCGAUAUAUCAUGACAUACCAUGAGAAGCCGUGGUUACCACCGCCUUUUAUCUUGUUGAGCCAUAUCUGUCUUCUUAUUAACCGUCUUUGUCAUCAUCGUUCUCUGAGUGAACUUGACCAGGAUGAAGCUGAUGUUGGACUGAAACUCGACCUUAGCGAUGAUGAAUUGAGAAAACUUCAUGAUUUUGAAGAGAAAUGUGUGGAAACCUAUUUUCACGAGAAAAAUGAAACCAUGCAUUCUAGCGAUAGUGAGAGAAUCCGUGCAACAAAUGAGAGAGCUGAAGAGAUGUUCAUGCAACUUAAAGAAGUGAAUGAAAAAGUGUUUUACAUCAAGGAUGCUUUGAUUUCUUUGGACAGUCAGCUAGGUCAUCUGCAGGAUCUCUCUGCUUUGACUGUGGACACAUUAAAAGUUAUAUCAGCCGUGGAUUAUUUACAAGAGGAAGAUGCUUUCUUAAACUACAAGAGGAAUCUGCCUAGUAGAAAAAUAGCACAGAGUUGGAGUAAUGUCACAUAUCCUCAGAACAACAGAGAAUACAAUUAUUACAGUAUGCCACCUUCACUUCUCAAAACUUUGGCAACAAGUCAGUGGCCAUCAGAAUGCCAUAGUCCUCCUCAGAAAAUAAGCAAGGAUCAAGGAAAUUGUGAAGCAGAGGAAAAUGAAACAGAAAGUGAUACUGUUACUUCAGGAGUGUCAUCUGAAAGCAAGUCAGCUCCUCAGUACGGGAACUUUCUCCUUGUUCCUUCUUGUCCAGUGGGAUCAACUCCUAAUGAGCCAGGUUUAGAGCUGUCAUGUCCAGAUAUGCAAGUUAAAUUGAAAAAUGGAUUAAUGAAACAAAAAAGCAAAGAGAUGGAAUGUGCCAUACAAACUGAUCAAUGCAACCAUGGUAACCAGGUCAAGGAACAGGUCAAUGAAAAGACAACAGGUCAAAAUGUUGUUGAAAUUCCAGCAGUACAUGUAACUGAUGUACACACUGUCACAGUGAGUAAAAGUGCAUCUGAUCCAUUAUCUAGAACUGUUUCUAUUGAAACAUCAGGUAAUUACCAUGAUACAAAAUCAGGAGUUGGUUAUGUGAACUGGGCAUUUUCAGAAGAAGGUGAAAUUGAUGUUUUUGUCAAUGAGAAAAGCGAGCAACUUUGCACACAUCCGGUCUAUGAUAUAGAACGCAAAUAUAGCUCCUGUCGUAGAAAAGUGAAGAGCAAAAAAUCAAAACUGUUUUCAUUUAACUCUGAUAAAUCGAGAAAUAGCAGUGACAGCUCGGAGUCUGGUUUAUUCCCCCAACCAAGUACCUCAUUUUGGAUUAACCCUCUCCACAGAAACAGUAAUUUCCGAAAAAGCAGUUCUAAAUGCCAUAAAGAUAAGACAGAAGGGAAAACAAUAAAAGAAUUUGCAAAACCAUCAGAAAGCUUUUUGACUGCCAGGACAAAAAUGAAACUUUGUGGCACUUUCAGAAAAUCUUCACAAGACAAAUCAAAACAGAAACAUCUUCAAGUUCCAGUGAUUACUGUUGAUGGAUGUUCACAAAGCACCCACAUGAGCUCUGAACCUGCAGACUGCAGCAGCUGGAAAUGUGAAGAGGAGGAGCCCAGUAAGAACAGGCUGACUGUAUCACAUUUCAAUCAGCUAAGUUUGGGGAACAUGGCCUAUGUACGCCAACAAAUAAAGAGUCAAGAAUUUGAAAGGCAUCUAAUACAAACCAGUGAAUAUUUAAGGCAAUCUCAAGAGGAUCUACACAAUAGCUCUCAUCAGCUGAGAAGAAGCUCUUUAUUUAGAAGCUCAGAUGGAGUUAACAAAAUAGCAGCUUCAUUAAAAGCCUCUCAAGACUUAAAUAAUCAUUACUCAGCUGUUGAAAGGAAUAAUUUAAUGAGGCUUGCUCAGACCAUACCUUUUACACCUGUGCAUCUAUCUGCUGGAGAGGAAGUUACUGUUUAUCAACUAGAAGAAAGUUCUCCAGCAUGUAUGGAUAAAAGUAUGUCAUCCUGGUCUCAGAGAGGAAUGGCUGCAAUGCUUCAGGUCCUAUCUCCAGAGGAAAUGGAUGGGGGUCUCCGCAGAGCUCUAAAAGUGACAUGUACAUGGUCAGAGCAUGAGAUCUUGGCACCAGGAGAGGUUUUUAUUGUAAAAUCUUUCCUUCCUGAAGUAGUACAGACAUGGCAGAAGAUUUUCCGUGGAGAAACUGUAUUGCAUCUUUGUCUUAGGGAAAUUCAACAACAAAGAGCUGCUCAGAAGUUAAUUUAUACCUUUAAUCAAGUGAAGCCAAACAGUAUUCCCUAUAAUCUACGGUUUCUUGAAGUCUUCUUAAUCUAUUGCCAGUCUGCUAAUCAGUGGUUGACCAUAGAAAAGUAUUUGACUGGAGAAUUCCGCAAGUACAAUAACAACAAUGGGGAUGAGAUCACUCCCACAACCUUACUUGAGGAGACAUUGUUGUCCUUUUCUCACUGGAGUUACGAGUACACAAGGGGGGAACUACUUGUUCUGGACUUACAAGGUGUAGGAGAAAAUCUUACAGAUCCAUCUGUUAUUAAACCGGAAGACAAGCAGUCACGAGGCAUGGUAUUUGGACCAGCAAAUUUGGGAGAAGAUGCAUUCACAAACUUUAUUUCAAAGCACAGAUGCAACUCCUGUUGUAGAAAACUUAACCUUCCUGAUUUGAAAAGGAACGACUAUUCACCUGGGAAGAUCAACUUGGGGUUUGAAAGUGGAGAAGCAGACACAGAUGAAAACCUUUCUGAAUGUAAUACAAGACUGUAA